AGAAAGCUAGAAGCCUGCACUGCCGUCUUGGAUGGAGGACAUCUAGGCGACAGUCAGGAUUCUGCCCCUCCUUCCCCGGAGCGCCUUCCCGCAGUCCAAGCCCAAGUCACCAGACAGGUGGCCAUGACCUCAUUGCCAACUCGGGGUCCCGGGGCCCCUGACUUAUUUUCUGGGCUGCCGCCAGGGGCCUCAACUCCAGCCAACCAGAGCGCAGAGGCCUUGCUGGGCAAUGGAUCUGCGGCUGGUCCAGGCGCUCAGGCCAUCACGCCGUUCCAGAGCCUGCAGCUGGUGCAUCAGCUGAAGGGGCUAAUUGUGCUGCUCUACUGCAUCGUGGUGGUCGUUGGGUUGGUAGGCAACUGCCUGCUGGUGUUGGUGAUCGCACGGGUGCGUCGGCUGCAUAACGUGACCAACUUCCUCAUUGGUAACCUGGCCUUGUCAGACGUGCUCAUGUGCGCCGCCUGCGUGCCGCUCACGCUCGCCUACGCCUUCGAGCCGCGCGGCUGGGUGUUCGGCGGCGGCCUGUGCCAUUUGGUUUUCUUCCUGCAGCCCGUCACUGUCUAUGUGUCGGUGUUCACGCUCACCACCAUCGCGGUUGAUCGCUACGUCGUGCUGGUGCACCCGCUGCGCCGGCGCAUCUCGCUGCGCUUUAGCGCCUAUGCGGUGCUGGCCAUCUGGGCGCUGUCCGCGGUGCUGGCGCUGCCGGCCGCCUUACACACAUACCACGUCGAGAUCAAACCGCACCGCGUGCGCCUCUGCGAGGAGUUCUGGGGGUCCCAGGAACGCCAACGCCAACUCUACGCUUGGGGGCUGCUGCUUGUCACCUACCUGCUCCCCCUGCUGGUCAUCCUCCUGUCUUAUGUCCGGGUGUCGGUAAAGCUACGGAACCGCGUGGUGCCGGGCUGCGUGACCCAGAACCAGGCCGACUGGGACCGUGCGCGACGCCGCCGCACCUUCUGCCUGCUGGUGGUGGUUGUGGUGGUGUUCGCCGUCUGCUGGCUGCCGCUGCACGUCUUCAACCUUCUGCGGGACCUCGACCCGCGCGCCAUAGACCCCUACGCCUUUGGGUUGGUGCAGCUGCUCUGCCACUGGCUUGCCAUGAGCUCGGCUUGUUAUAACCCCUUCAUCUACGCCUGGUUGCAUGACAGCUUCCGCGAGGAGCUACGCAAGCUAUUGCUCGCUUGGCCCCGGAAGAUAGUGCCUCAUGGCCAGAGCAUGACAGUCAGCGUGGUCAUCUGAUGCCACUGCACUGGGCCUUGGCCGAGGAGCUUCACCUACAGUGGUCUCUCAGGUGCUCACCCGAGGCCAGAUUGGAGAGUUUAUUCCAGAGCUAAGCUAAUACUAAGCCAAUGUGGGGCAAAACUUCCAGCCUAGCCCUCUUAUCCAGCUAUCUUACCUUGCCUUGUGUCUUUGUAAAAUGUUCAGUGGGCUUUGGUGGGAGUCUUGUGCUUUGCUUGGAAAAGCCCAGGGAAAGAGGAUUUAUUAUUUCCUCCUUAUCCCCUUGAAGGCCAAACAAAGCUCUUUCUCUGGGUUCAGAAGCUGCCUCCCUUGCUUUCCCUUCUGCUUGUUCAAUACAGAGAUGAAGGAACAGUGAGUAUGGAAUUUAAAAUGACUGUAUUGGGGCUGGUAAAGUUUUUCACGUUGCCUUUUAAAAGGGACUCAACUGAGAUACAAUACCUGAUACUGCUUAGUCAAUUUAAACCCAUUAAUUUCUAGGAUUCCAGAGAAAUAUGUAUUGCAAAUAUACAUAUAAAAUUUCAGCCUUUCCUGAAUAAGACCUUUAUAUGCCAAAAGGAUUUUAAUUUUAAAUACACUUGAAUUUAUAGUAUAAAAAUCACUUAAAAUCCAUCUUUCAAAAGGUUUUGCGAUUGUUUUCCCUCCUCAUUCCCCAAUUUCUAUUUGAAAAUGAUGAGAUGAAUUAGUCGAUGAAGAGACAGAUAAGUAGGAAAAGGUUCAAAUUACUGAAAGGGAUAUAUAACUGCAUAGGACAGACAUCCUAUCUGUGUGUAUGUUUGUGUAUACACACCCAGUGUUUGUUACAAGCAUCCAGUCAAAUAUUUGGCUUUCUGAAUACUCAAUAAACCAUGUGCCAUAGGAUUCUCUUGCAUUCUCUAAUUGAUCUUGCAACAGAUCAACAGCUGUUGACUGACUGUUCAGCACCUGCUCUGUGAUGAUACUCUUGGAACGUGAUCAACCCAGAAUACAAGAACUGGGAGAAGUUUACUUAAGGCCAGAACAGAAAAAUAAACUGCCACCUAUGGGAUACACAGACCAAACACUAAAUACCUUCCAGGGUUAAGGGAACAGGUAAAGACUGUUGGGCAAUGAUA